UCUCAUUGUGAUUAAUCAUCGUUCAAGACUCAAAGCAUUCACAUUAAAUGUUAGUCUUUUAUUUGUGCAAAAAAAAACUCUAUUACAAUAACUGUACUCUAUAAUUGAAUUGAAGUGGAAGACCAUAAAACAUUUAUGUUUUAUUUAAUUGUAUUCACAUUUGCAUUAUAUUUUAAAGUUAAAUAAAAAAACAAACAGAUCGAACAUUGGAUCAAAGCAUUGCCUAUCAUUAUUCGCAAUAUUCAAUUCAUUUGUCAUCGUUCAAGGAAGUCACAUCGAAGAAGAAAACCCACCAAAAACCGUAAAAAUGGCCAUUGAAUGCAGCAUUUGUUAUGAAAUUUUCGAUAAAGACAAUAGUGAAGUGGUCGUCACAAAAUGUGGUCACAUGUUUCACACUGAUUGUUUGAACGAUUGGUUAAAGAGUUCGAACACGUGUCCACAUUGCCGUGUCACCAUACGUCGUAAAAAUGAAUUGCGCAAAAUUUUUGUCAUUAACAGUCGUAGUAGUAUGUUCGAUACAACAAACAACGAAAUUCGUCAACAAUUGGAAAGAGAAAAUAAUGAAUUGCUUCGUCAAUUGGUAAAAGAAAAAGAAGAAAGGAACAGUUUAAUUUCCGAAAAUAAGCGACUCCAAGAAGAAGCAAACGAUUUACGUUCCCAGAUUUCCGCGUUGAAGCAUCGCAUUGAGCAAAUCAAAAAAGAUCACAAUGGCAACAUCAAUAGAGCAGCGAUGGUACACAAACAAUUCAACUCGGUCAACCCGUUAUACGCACACGUAAAAAGCAAAGUGUCUACCGCUUGGAAGAAGAACUAAAGUCAACACGAAGGCAAACAUCGAUCAAAAUCAAUUUAAUUCUAUUUUUUGUUGCGUUUAAUUUAAUUGUAGCUAUUCUGUUGAUUCAGUUAUCUCCAUUUUUUAUGUUUAAUUGUGUUUAUAAAAAGUAUUUUUUUUUUUAAGUUUUGUCAAACAUUUGCAUUGUAAAGUUAAUUUGUUUAAACAAAGAUGAACCAUCGGAACAUUUAAUAGAGGCUAAAGGGCCAGAGCACCUGUUGUUCAUUAUUCGCAGUACUGGUGACAGCCAAUUCAUUUAAUAAAAGUUAGUAAAUCUAUCGUUUAAAUUAAAAUUCACGAAUCAAAAUCGAAAAGCAAACCGAAAGAAAUAAAAAAUAUUCAAUCCGGAUAACGGUUAAUAAAAAUGAUAAUUUAAUUAACAUCUAGAGGGUAGACACCUUGGCAAAAUCAA